AUGUUGUCGCAAGUGUAUGUCAAGCUUAGCGCAGCGAUUAACUCCAUGUUCCGGUGGUAUCAGAACGCUGUGCGCUGCUACGUCUAUCUUUCAGAUGUCUCUAAACCUGAUAGGGCAGACAGCGAAAAGGUAUGGAAAGAAGCCUUUAGGACGAGCCGAUGGUUUACCCAAGGCUGGUGGCUUCAAGAGCUCAUCGCACCAAGGCUGGUUAACUUCUUCAGCUUAGAAGGCGAGCGACUUAGAAGUAAAUCCAUGCUUAAGCCUGAGAUACAUGAGAUUACUGGAAUUGCGAAGAAUGCCCUUCAAGGCGAUAUAUUGUCGAAUUUUAGCAUUAAAGAGCGGAGGUCCCGGGCCGAGCACCGCAAUACCACUAUUGAAGAGGAUGGAGCCUACUGUUUAAUCAGGAUCUUCAAUGUUUCUAUGGCGCUAAUCUACAGAGAGAGAAGGGAUCAAGCAUUCCAGCGACUAGAGGAAGAGAUCCACAAGUUGUACAAGGGUGUCGACUUUGAACAAUUUGCCGUCAAACUCAACCUUAGAUCAUUUCCUGAAGCUGCACAAUUUGUGGCUACACAAUUUGUGGCUAGAGAGCAGGAGCUGUUGAAGAUGUAUGAGCUGCUUCAUGGUCACAACAGCCGAGCGGCAGUCGUCCUUCAUGGGCUAGGAGGAAUUGGAAAGACUCAGCUGGCAAUUGAAUACGUCAGACGGCACAAGGAGAAGCACACAGCGAUAUUCUGGCUAAAUGCGAAUGAUGAAGACUCUCUCCAGCUCAGCUUUCGCGGCAUCGCUCAGCAAGUCCUAAAGUACUACCCCUCAACUAGAGUGCUUAGUGGUGUAGACGUAGAAGGCGAGCUCGAUCUAGUGGUCAAUGGAGUCAAAGCCUGGCUCGAUCUCCAGGGAAAUACACUGGAUGUACGUCAAUACCUGCCGGAGUGUGAUCACGGCUCGAUUAUCAUCACAACGCGUUCAGCGCGAGUUACCCAAGGUCGGCGUCUCCACGUUCAGAAGCUGACAGGCCUCAAGGACGGGCUUAAGAUCUUGGCAAACAUGUCUAGAAGGGUAGGCAUUGAAAGCGGUGUUGCUCGUCUCGAAACUCGAUGGCCUGCCUCUCGCUCUCUCCACGGCUGGGGUUUACCUAGAGCACGUGACCACGAGCUUCGCAGAGUAUCUCCAGCUUUGCUUAAGCUGUGGGCCUAUUUCAACAAGCAAGACGUGUGGUUUAGACUUCUUCAACAUGCAUGCUCUAUAGACAAUAAGUGGAUACAGAAGCUUACUAAGGAUGAAUUAAGUUUCAACAAGGCAGUUCAACUGCUCUGCGAGUACGGUCUAGCUCAUCCAGAGCCUUUACUUGGACAGCUGUCUGGAUCCGCGGGGUAUGGUGUGCAUAGUUGUGUGCACUCAUGGGCAAUAUCUGUUUUGAACGGCAAAUGGGACGAUGGUCUAGCGCGGCUAGCUCUGACUUGUGUGGCAUCUGAAGUUCCUGACACGGAUGUAGACAAGUGGUGGCUCCUGCAGCGGCGGCUCCUUCAACAUGCUGCGAGGCAUCAACAUUUUAUUAGGAACGGCAACCUAGGCAUCGAGGGGACUGAAUGGGCGCUACACAACCUGGGUAUGCUCUAUUGGAACCAAGGCAAGCUGGCGGAGGCGGAGGCCAUGUACGAUCGGGCGCUGCAAGGCAAAGAGGAGGCACUCGGACCGAAGCACACAUCGACACUCGAUACGGUCAACAACCUAGGCAACCUCUACAAGAACCAAGGCAGGCUGGCGGAGGCGGAGGCCAUGUACGAUCGGGCGCUGCAAGGCUACGCGGAGGCUAUUAGGCCCGAGCUGCUGCUGUCGUAUUUGCCAGCGUUGAACACAAUGUUCUCCUUCGGUGACCUCUAUGAAAUGUAUAGUCGGGCGUUGGCUGGAUACACAGUUGUCCAAGGGCCUUCUUCAAAAUGGUGCGAGAAGCUUGAGGAUCGACUUCAGGGGUUGCAAGUUGUUUCUGCUAAGCUCAAUGAAAACCAGGCUGAGUUUACAGAGAUCAAAGCGACGAAGUCGUGGUCUCUUAAGCGUAUAUUCCGCAGGCUAGGAAUAGUAACGUUACAAUAUCAGAAGGGUUCUGUAAUAAUCUCAUUCGUCUCAACCUAUCUAUCCUUUAUCCGCGCAACCUUGGCCCUGGGCUCUGAGAGAUCCGUCCUUACCGUAGCAGUCGUCCGCUUCUGGACCCGCUUUCCCCCUCCCGUAGCAGCAUCCUCUGCUUCUGGGUUAGCCUUCACAAUUUUCUUAGCCUCCCUAGCCGUUUUCUUGGCCGUUUUCUCCGCCUUUGCAGCCUCCUUCACUACAUGCUCUGCUCGUGCUUUCUCAAGGUCCUCCUAUGUCAUCACCUUCGCCUUCCCAAGUAUUGCUGACUUGUUAAGAAUCUGUUUUAAUCAUAAAGGAGCGCUUUUUUGGCAAGAAACAUCUGAGCAGCAUUUGACAACUUUGUUAGAGCCGCUCUUUGCGCUGGUUGCUCGCUUCAUCUUUAGGAACGUGCUUAAUCAUAUCAAUGCCCGCUAUUACUUCGUUAGCUUUCAAAAUGGGUUGAACAGGAAUAACCCGCUUCCUCUCCAUCCUGCGAGAAUAUUCCUUUUAGUUAAAGCCGCCUCUCUUGAAGGGCCGUAA